AUGGCAUCGCCGGGGCCCUCUACCCCUACUACAUGGCAGGAAAGCUCUUGUCAAGCCCCAGGAUCGACCUUCCCAGAGAACAUGUCACUGUUCCCGUUGACACCGACCGAUAGCUCGCUAUCUAUAGGCAUAACCCAGGCACAGGAUGAAAACUCGUUCUUAUUGGAUCUACUGCCGUGCGCCAGUCUUAACACUGAGUCUAGCGAGUUGGCCACCUUGCAGUAUCCGUUGUUCGAAACGCCUGUACUCAUGUCUGUGCCACACUCAACACAUAAUGUCCACAGGCUCGAAUUUAAUACGACAGAGACCACAUUUAUAGCCUCCAACAAGAGCUGUCCAAUAGACGUAACAGAUCAAUCCACCCUCGUGCAUACCACCCGACGGAAUGCCGCCACCGUUCCCAAGCUUCUCAUAAGGGAUGAUUUUGAGCAAUACCUAGAGGCAGAAAUACCACGUUGGGCAGCGUUGGGAUUGGGUCAUGGCUCAGAAGCAAGCAACCCAACGGUCACCCUGGUGGAAUGCUCGAGCCUAGCGAUGGCUUACUCAAAUGUCUGUCAGCUGAACAGUCGUGUCGGCGAUGAUGUUAUUCGAUAUCGCAUGGCGCUAAUCCAUCUUCAUCAGGAAUAUCUGCGGACCUGUAAAUCUGGUAACCGCGGACAAAACAGUAGAUUCUCCCGGGGGAUCGGCCGCAGUGACGCAUCUAUGGCCAUCGAUAACAUCUUACAAAACAACCACCAGAAUUGGGAUAUCUUGGACGAUAAGGGAAGAGCGGUAUUACGUGCUAAGUUCCAUGAGUGCAAGCGGUAUGGGAAGAGGUGGUCACUUCUGCUUGACGGCUUGGGGCACAGUAUACUGUUGCUCUGCUCUCAGAAGCUGGCUAACAUGGUUCAUAACUCCAAUGUGACGCUAAAGGCUCUAGAGUCCAUUAUGAAAGACAUCCAAUAUCGCAAUCCGAAUGUCAUGGAAAUUCUUGAGGUGGUGAGGCCCAUAGCAGAUGGUCUGUUGAAGGAAGGCCGGGUCACGUGUGAUGCCAGUGUUAUUCUGGCAAAGCUCCGGCAAAUGCGAACAUAG